UUUAAUUUAGACAGAAUGAAGUAUUUACUUUUUAGUCUUGCAUUAGCUUAUUUACACGAAUUUUCAGAAGACGCAGAUGACAAUGCUACAUCUACAAUGCUACCACUUUCUCCAUCAUGGUAUGCUGGCGGUUUGAGUGCCGUUUAUAGUUCUUUUCCAUCUUGUUAUUCGACUGCUUUUACUACAACACAUUAUAUACAAAUAUGUUAUUCUACAAAAACAAUUCCAAUUUCUUCCGUGUUUGUUGUUGCUACAACAACUGCAAGUGUUUUAACAACGAAAAAAGAAGCGUCUACUUCUAUGACUGCAAUGAUAAGUUACAAUUCAGCAUGGUACGCUAGUGCUCUAACAACCGUCGAUGAUUCCGUUCAAAUCCACUCAACUGAUUCUUUAAGCAGUUCAGCAUCGUUUGCUACUUUAACAACAAGCUUAAAUUAUAUGUCGUCAUAUACGCCGACAACUAGGUCCACUACUGUAACAUCAAAGAAAGAUGCAGAUGACAAUGCUACAUCUACAAUGCUACCACUUUCUCCAUCAUGGUAUGCUGGCGGUUUGAGUGCCGUUUAUAGUUCUUUUCCAUCUUGUUAUUCGACUGCUUUUACUACAACACAUUAUAUACAAAUAUGUUAUUCUACAAAAACAAUUCCAAUUUCUUCCGUGUUUGUUGUUGCUACAACAACUGCAAGUGUUUUAACAACGAAAAAAGAAGCGUCUACUUCUAUGACUGCAAUGAUAAGUUACAAUUCAGCAUGGUACGCUAGUGCUCUAACAACCGUCGAUGAUUCCGUUCAAAUCCACUCAACUGAUUCUUUAAGCAGUUCAGCAUCGUUUGCUACUUUAACAACAAGCUUAAAUUAUAUGUCGUCAUAUACGCCGACAACUAGGUCCACUACUGUAACAUCAAAGAAAGACGCAGAUGACAAUGCUACAUCUACAAUGCUACCACUUUCUCCAUCAUGGUAUGCUGGUGGUUUGAGUGCCGUUUAUAGUUCUUUUCCAUCUUGUUAUUCGACUGCUUUUACUACAACACAUUAUAUACAAAUAUGUUAUUCUACAAAAACAAUUCCAAUUUCUUCCGUGUUUGUUGUUGCUACAACAACUGCAAGUGUUUUAACAACGAAAAAAGAAGCGUCUACUUCUAUGACUGCAAUGAUAAGUUACAAUUCAGCAUGGUACGCUAGUGCUCUAACAACCGUCGAUGAUUCCGUUCAAAUCCACUCAACUGAUUCUUUAAGCAGUUCAGCAUCGUUUGCUACUUUAACAACAAGCUUAAAUUAUAUGUCGUCAUAUACGCCGACAACUAGGUCCACUACUGUAACAUCAAAGAAAGACGCAGAUGACAAUGCUACAUCUACAAUGCUACCACUUUCUCCAUCAUGGUAUGCUGGCGGUUUGAGUGCCGUUUAUAGUUCUUUUCCAUCUUGUUAUUCGACUGCUUUUACUACAACACAUUAUAUACAAAUAUGUUAUUCUACAAAAACAAUUCCAAUUUCUUCCGUGUUUGUUGUUGCUACAACAACUGCAAGUGUUUUAACAACGAAAAAAGAAGCGUCUACUUCUAUGACUGCAAUGAUAAGUUACAAUUCAGCAUGGUACGCUAGUGCUCUAACAACCGUCGAUGAUUCCGUUCAAAUCCACUCAACUGAUUCUUUAAGCAGUUCAGCAUCGUUUGCUACUUUAACAACAAGCUUAAAUUAUAUGUCGUCAUAUACGCCGACAACUAGGUCCACUACUGUAACAUCAAAGAAAGACGCAGAUGACAAUGCUACAUCUACAAUGCUACCACUUUCUCCAUCAUGGUAUGCUGGCGGUUUGAGUGCCGUUUAUAGUUCUUUUCCAUCUUGUUAUUCGACUGCUUUUACUACAACACAUUAUAUACAAAUAUGUUAUUCUACAAAAACAAUUCCAAUUUCUUCCGUGUUUGUUGUUGCUACAACAACUGCAAGUGUUUUAACAACGAAAAAAGAAGCGUCUACUUCUAUGACUGCAAUGAUAAGUUACAAUUCAGCAUGGUACGCUAGUGCUCUAACAACCGUCGAUGAUUCCGUUCAAAUCCACUCAACUGAUUCUUUAAGCAGUUCAGCAUCGUUUGCUACUUUAACAACAAGCUUAAAUUAUAUGUCGUCAUAUACGCCGACAACUAGGUCCACUACUGUAACAUCAAAGAAAGACGCAGAUGACAAUGCUACAUCUACAAUGCUACCACUUUCUCCAUCAUGGUAUGCUGGCGGUUUGAGUGCCGUUUAUAGUUCUUUUCCAUCUUGUUAUUCGACUGCUUUUACUACAACACAUUAUAUACAAAUAUGUUAUUCUACAAAAACAAUUCCAAUUUCUUCCGUGUUUGUUGUUGCUACAACAACUGCAAGUGUUUUAACAACGAAAAAAGAAGCGUCUACUUCUAUGACUGCAAUGAUAAGUUACAAUUCAGCAUGGUACGCUAGUGCUCUAACAACCGUCGAUGAUUCCGUUCAAAUCCACUCAACUGAUUCUUUAAGCAGUUCAGCAUCGUUUGCUACUUUAACAACAAGCUUAAAUUAUAUGUCGUCAUAUACGCCGACAACUAGGUCCACUACUGUAACAUCAAAGAAAGACGCAGAUGACAAUGCUACAUCUACAAUGCUACCACUUUCUCCAUCAUGGUAUGCUGGCGGUUUGAGUGCCGUUUAUAGUUCUUUUCCAUCUUGUUAUUCGACUGCUUUUACUACAACACAUUAUAUACAAAUAUGUUAUUCUACAAAAACAAUUCCAAUUUCUUCCGUGUUUGUUGUUGCUACAACAACUGCAAGUGUUUUAACAACGAAAAAAGAAGCGUCUACUUCUAUGACUGCAAUGAUAAGUUACAAUUCAGCAUGGUACGCUAGUGCUCUAACAACCGUCGAUGAUUCCGUUCAAAUCCACUCAACUGAUUCUUUAAGCAGUUCAGCAUCGUUUGCUACUUUAACAACAAGCUUAAAUUAUAUGUCGUCAUAUACGCCGACAACUAGGUCCACUACUGUAACAUCAAAGAAAGACGCAGAUGACAAUGCUACAUCUACAAUGCUACCACUUUCUCCAUCAUGGUAUGCUGGCGGUUUGAGUGCCGUUUAUAGUUCUUUUCCAUCUUGUUAUUCGACUGCUUUUACUACAACACAUUAUAUACAAAUAUGUUAUUCUACAAAAACAAUUCCAAUUUCUUCCGUGUUUGUUGUUGCUACAACAACUGCAAGUGUUUUAACAACGAAAAAAGAAGCGUCUACUUCUAUGACUGCAAUGAUAAGUUACAAUUCAGCAUGGUACGCUAGUGCUCUAACAACCGUCGAUGAUUCCGUUCAAAUCCACUCAACUGAUUCUUUAAGCAGUUCAGCAUCGUUUGCUACUUUAACAACAAGCUUAAAUUAUAUGUCGUCAUAUACGCCGACAACUAGGUCCACUACUGUAACAUCAAAGAAAGAGACGUCUGAUUCUUUGACUACAAUGAAGCGUUAUGAUCCAACAUGGUACACUAGUGCUUUAACAACUGUUGAUGGGUUCGCUCAAGUCGACUCAUCUUAUUCUUUAAGAAGUUUAGCAUCACAUGGUUAUUUAACAACCAGUUUGAGUUACAAUUCGUUUAUUAGUCCAACACGUAGUUCUAUUUCUUUAAAAUCGUCGACAGAAAACACAAGUGAGGAUUUAACAUCAACAAUGCUACCUCUAUCUCAAUCGUGGUAUACUGACGGAUUGACAACAGAUUAUAGUUCUUAUCCAUCUUGUUAUUUGACAGCGAUAACUUCAACACAUCACUCUCGUAUAUGUGAUUCCACAAGAACAACAGCAAUUUCACCCAUAAUUGAUGUUGGAACGACAAAUGCAGCUGUUUUUACAACAAAGAAAGAGACGUCUGAUUCUUUGACUACAAUCAAGCGUUAUGAUCCAACAUGGUACACUAGUGCUUUAACAACUGUUGAUGGGUUCGCUCAAGUCGACUCAUCUUAUUCUUUAAGAAGUUUAGCAUCACAUGGUUAUUUAACAACCAGUUUGAGUUACAAUUCGUUUAUUAGUCCAACACGUAGUUCUAUUUCUUUAAAAUCGUCGACAGAAAACACAAGUGAGGAUUCAACAUCAACAAUGCUACCUCUAUCUCAAUCGUGGUAUACUGACGGAUUGACAACAGAUUAUAGUUCUUAUCCAUCUUGUUAUUUGACAGCGAUAACUUCAACACAUCACUCUCGUAUAUGUGAUUCCACAAGAACAACAGCAAUUUCACCCAUAAUUGAUGUCGGAACGACAAAUGCAGCUGUUUUUACAACAAAGAAAGAGACGUCUGAUUCUUUGACUACAAUCAAGCAUUAUGAUCCAACAUGGUACACUAGUGCUCUAACAACUGUUGAUGGGUUCGCUCAAAUCGACUCAUCUUAUUCUUUAAGAAGUUUAGCAUCACAUGGUUAUUUAACAACCAGUUUGAGUUACAAUUCGUUUAUUAGUCCAACACGUAGUUCUAUUUCUUUAAAAUCGUCGACAGAAAACACAAGUGAGGAUUCAACAUCAACAAUGCUACCUCUAUCUCAAUCGUGGUAUACUGACGGAUUGACAACAGAUUAUAGUUCUUAUCCAUCUUGUUAUUUGACAGCGAUAACUUCAACACAUCACUCUCGUAUAUGUGAUUCCACAAGAACAACAGCAAUUUCACCCAUAAUUGAUGUUGGAACGACAAAUGCAGCUGUUUUUACAACAAAGAAAGAGACGUCUGAUUCUUUGACUACAAUCAAGCGUUAUGAUCCAACAUGGUACACUAGUGCUUUAACAACUGUUGAUGGGUUCGCUCAAGUCGACUCAUCUUAUUCUUUAAGAAGUUUAGCAUCACAUGGUUAUUUAACAACCAGUUUGAGUUACAAUUCGUUUAUUAGUCCAACACGUAGUUCUAUUUCUUUAAAAUCGUCGACAGAAAACACAAGUGAGGAUUCAACAUCAACAAUGCUACCUCUAUCUCAAUCGUGGUAUACUGACGGAUUGACAACAGAUUAUAGUUCUUAUCCAUCUUGUUAUUUGACAGCGAUAAUUUCAACACAUCACUCUCGUAUAUGUGAUUCCACAAGAACAACAGCAAUUUCACCCAUAAUUGAUGUUGGAACGACAAAUGCAGCUGUUUUUACAACAAAGAAAGAGACGUCUGAUUCUUUGACUACAAUCAAGCGUUAUGAUCCAACAUGGUACACUAGUGCUCUAACAACUGUUGAUGGGUUCGCUCAAGUCGACUCAUCUUAUUCUUUAAGAAGUUUAGCAUCACAUGGUUAUUUAACAACCAGUUUGAGUUACAAUUCGUUUAUUAGUCCAACACGUAGUUCUAUUUCUUUAAAAUCGUCGACAGAAAACACAAGUGAGGAUUCAACAUCAACAAUGCUACCUCUAUCUCAAUCGUGGUAUACUGACGGAUUGACAACAGAUUAUAGUUCUUAUCCAUCUUGUUAUUUGACAGCGAUAACUUCAACACAUCACUCUCGUAUAUGUGAUUCCACAAGAACAACAGCAAUUUCACCCAUAAUUGAUGUUGGAACGACAAAUGCAGCUGUUUUUACAACAAAGAAAGAGACGUCUGAUUCUUUGACUACAAUCAAGCGUUAUGAUCCAACAUGGUACACUAGUGCUUUAACAACUGUUGAUGGGUUCGCUCAAGUCGACUCAUCUUAUUCUUUAAGAAGUUUAGCAUUACAUGGUUAUUUAACAACCAGUUUGAGUUACAAUUCGUUUAUUAGUCCAACACGUAGUUCUAUUUCUUUAAAAUCGUCGACAGAAAACACAAGUGAGGAUUCAACAUCAACAAUGCUACCUCUAUCUCAAUCGUGGUAUACUGACGGAUUGACAACAGAUUAUAGUUCUUAUCCAUCUUGUUAUUUGACAGCGAUAACUUCAACACAUCACUCUCGUAUAUGUGAUUCCACAAGAACAACAGCAAUUUCACCCAUAAUUGAUGUUGGAACGACAAAUGCAGCUGUUUUUACAACAAAGAAAGAGACGUCUGAUUCUUUGACUACAAUCAAGCGUUAUGAUCCAACAUGGUACACUAGUGCUUUAACAACUGUUGAUGGGUUCGCUCAAGUCGACUCAUCUUAUUCUUUAAGAAGUUUAGCAUCACAUGGUUAUUUAACAACCAGUUUGAGUUACAAUUCGUUUAUUAGUCCAACACGUAGUUCUAUUUCUUUAAAAUCGUCGACAGAAAACACAAGUGAGGAUUCAACAUCAACAAUGCUACCUCUAUCUCAAUCGUGGUAUACUGACGGAUUGACAAUAGAUUAUAGUUCUUAUCCAUCUUGUUUUUUGACAGCGAUAACUUCAACACAUCACUCUCGUAUAUGUGAUUCCACAAGAACAACAGCAAUUUCACCCAUAUUUGAUGUUGGAACGACAAAUGCAGCUGUUUUUACAACAAAGAAAGAGACGUCUGAUUCUUUGACUACAAUGAAGCGUUAUGAUCCAACAUGGUACACUAGUGCUUUAACAACUGUUGAUGGGUUCGCUCAAGUCGACUCAUCUUAUUCUUUAAGAAGUUUAGCAUCACAUGGUUAUUUAACAACCAGUUUGAGUUACAAUUCGUUUAUUAGUCCAACACGUAGUUCUAUUUCUUUAAAAUCGUCGACAGAAAACACAAGUGAGGAUUUAACAUCAACAAUGCUACCUCUAUCUCAAUCGUGGUAUACUGACGGAUUGACAACAGAUUAUAGUUCUUAUCCAUCUUGUUAUUUGACAGCGAUAACUUCAACACAUCACUCUCGUAUAUGUGAUUCCACAAGAACAACAGCAAUUUCACCCAUAAUUGAUGUUGGAACGACAAAUGCAGCUGUUUUUACAACAAAGAAAGAGACGUCUGAUUCUUUGACUACAAUCAAGCGUUAUGAUCCAACAUGGUACACUAGUGCUUUAACAACUGUUGAUGGGUUCGCUCAAGUCGACUCAUCUUAUUCUUUAAGAAGUUUAGCAUCACAUGGUUAUUUAACAACCAGUUUGAGUUACAAUUCGUUUAUUAGUCCAACACGUAGUUCUAUUUCUUUAAAAUCGUCGACAGAAAACACAAGUGAGGAUUUAACAUCAACAAUGCUACCUCUAUCUCAAUCGUGGUAUACUGACGGAUUGACAACAGAUUAUAGUUCUUAUCCAUCUUGUUAUUUGACAGCGAUAACUUCAACACAUCACUCUCGUAUAUGUGAUUCCACAAGAACAACAGCAAUUUCACCCAUAAUUGAUGUUGGAACGACAAAUGCAGCUGUUUUUACAACAAAGAAAGAGACGUCUGAUUCUUUGACUACAAUCAAGCGUUAUGAUCCAACAUGGUACACUAGUGCUUUAACAACUGUUGAUGGGUUCGCUCAAGUCGACUCAUCUUAUUCUUUAAGAAGUUUAGCAUCACAUGGUUAUUUAACAACCAGUUUGAGUUACAAUUCGUUUAUUAGUCCAACACGUAGUUCUAUUUCUUUAAAAUCGUCGACAGAAAACACAAGUGAGGAUUCAACAUCAACAAUGCUACCUCUAUCUCAAUCGUGGUAUACUGACGGAUUGACAACAGAUUAUAGUUCUUAUCCAUCUUGUUAUUUGACAGCGAUAAUUUCAACACAUCACUCUCGUAUAUGUGAUUCCACAAGAACAACAGCAAUUUCACCCAUAAUUGAUGUUGGAACGACAAAUGCAGCUGAUUUUACAACAAAGAAAGAAGCAUAUGAUUCUACGAUUAUAAUGAUAAAUAAUGGUACAUCAUGGUACACUAGUGCUCUAAAAACCAUUGAUUCUACUUCAAUCUACUUAACCAGUUCUUUAAGCAACAUUGCAUCAUCCUCUGAUCGUUUAACAAGCAAUACUGCAACAGAGAAUCUAAAUUAUAUUACAUCAUAUAGCACAACCACUAGUUCUAUUACUUUACCAUCAACAAAUGAAGCAUAUGAUUCUACGAUUAUAAUGAUAAAUAAUGGUACAUCAUGGUACACUAGUGCUCUAAAAACCAUUGAUUCUACUUCAAUCUACUUAACCAGUUCUUUAAGCAACAUUGCAUCAUCCUCUGAUCGUUUAACAAGCAAUACUGCAACAGAGAAUCUAAAUUAUAUUACAUCAUAUAGCACAACCACUAGUUCUAUUACUUUACCAUCAACAAAUGAUUUCAGUUGUGCAUUAGCAAAAUUUACUUUUUAUGGUAGUCAGUGGUCUGAUCAAUAUGUUAACAAAUCAAGUUUAGAAUACAGUAAAAUGACAUCAAAGUUGCUUGAUCAGUUGAAAAAGAUCUUUGUUUCUGCUAUGUUUACAAACAAGGAUGUUCAGUUUUAUGGAAACACAAGUGUAUUAGUAAAAUUUACUUAUCAAGUAGAGAAUCCAAAUAAAAUUGAAAACUGUAAACAACUGUUAAAUCUUAAUUUACCAGAAGUUUCUUUAACACCAUGUGAUUGCUGUACCAAAGAAACAGUUGGAGAAGAAAGUUUAACAGGAUUGUAUACACUUCCUAUCACUUUAGUUAAUAAUGUAUAUACAUUACCUUGUGUAUACAACAACAGUAUUAUGUUAGAACAACAUUGUGUAAUAAAUAAUUCCAAUAAAAUGCCAGAGUGGGAACAUUUUUCACAUUCAAACUGUCCCCCAAAAUCUGGAACAACGUUGUUACUUUAUGAUAUAUCAAAAGUUGAUAUUACAGAGUCAAAUAUUCAAAAUGUUUCAUAUAAUUUAAGUCAAAUUAUUCAAAAUGGUAACCUAACUACCGAAUAUGAUAUUCAAUUAAUUUCAAUCACUUUGAAACACAUCAUUACUUUCAAAUCUUCUUUAAAAAUGGUAUUGGAAUAUAUUUUACGCUCUAUUGAUAACAUGUUAAGUUCAAAUUCAAGUUUAUUUAAAAAUACUAACAAGGUUCAUAAUUUAUCCACAGAGUUUUUACAUUUAUUGGACCAUUUGGGAAGGCAACAGACUGAUAAUGUUAAUAUAUCGUUAAAAAAUUUAGGAUUUUCAUCGUAUAUAAGGAAACAAAGUAAUAACUCUGUAUAUAUCUAUUCCAAAGAACAUGAAGAUAAAGUUGGUGUUGUUAUAUCAAGUGAUGAUCUAAAAAAUGAUUUAAAAAAUUUUAACAAUUAUAUUGUUCUUCCAUCGCAGUUAUUUACUGAAAAAUAUGUACAAAUAUAUUCAUAUAUUUUUAAAAAUAAAUCUUUUUUCAUGGAAGAAGAUGGGACUAUUGAAAGUGUUAUACUUUCUGCUUCAUUGAAUGGUAUUGAUGUGAAAAAUUUGAGCAGUUCAAUUUCUAUCAAGUUUACCUCUGAAACAAACAAUCCAGGCAAAAGAACAUGCAGCCAUUAUAAAAUAGAAGAACAGAAAUGGUCUUCUUCUGGAUGCAACACUAUUUCUAUUUCUUCAUCAAAGAUAGAAUGCCAUUGCAAUCAUUUAACAAACUUUGCACAAAUAUUAAACAUUGAUCAAUCAAUUACCGAAUCUCUUGGCCUUAAUUUUGUUACCUGGAUUGGUUGUGGUGUAUCAAUUGUUGGAUUGUUUAUUACUAUUUUCAGCCAUUUUUUCUUUCGCUCAUUGAGGCAGAAACUUGCACCAAAAAUACUUAUCAUUUUGUGUACUAAUUUACUGUGCACACUUGUUAUAUUCCUUUCCUUGGUAGAACAAACCAAAAAUCGUAUUUUGUGUAAAAUUGUUGCUUCAUUUUUGCAAUUUUUUGUUUUAUCAACAUUCUUCUGGAUGGCAAUUGAAGGAUUUAAUUUAUAUCGAAUGUUUGUUAAAGUAUUAGGCGCAUCAUCAGAAAAUUUUUUGUUAAAGUGUUCUGCUUUUGCAUGGGGUCUUCCAUUAUUAUUUACGAUAGCAACAGGAUUAAGCAAGCCAGACUCUUUAGGACCUGAAGCAGAAAAAAGCUUAAACUUAUGUGUAGUUCAAGGUUUACCAUUUUAUUUUGGUGUACUCCUUCCUGUCUGUGUAGUGAUGGUAUUCAAUAUUGUAAUGCUUGUAUUAGUUAUCAGGGGUAUUGAUAACAACUCUAGCCCGUUCAAUAAGGUUAAGAGCAAGAAGAAAGUUCGAAUAGCUUUUGCAUGCUCUUUAUUGCUUGGUACAACUUGGGUUUUUGCAGUUUUGGCUGUGGGAAAGUUUAAAACUGUAUUCCAAUGGUUGUUUUGUAUUUUUAAUUCUCUUCAAGGUUUUUUUAUAUUUCUUUUCUAUGCUGUUAAUAAUCAAAAACUUAAAGAGCAUUGGUUAUCAUAUUUGUAUGAAAAAUUUGGCUGGAGAGCAAAAAAAUAUGAAGUUAUUAACUUGAGGGGUGAAAGUUUGUUGAGUAUGGCUGAGUCAAAUGCGAUGAUUCGCGCCUGUUUAUUUUAUGAGUUUAAACUUGGCACCAAAGCUGCAGAAGCUUGUUGUAAGAUAUGCACUGCUUUUGGGGAAGGUACCAUAGCAGAACGGACGAAUCAAAAGUGGUUCAAAAUAUUUUCUUCUGGAAAUGAAAAUGUUGAAGAUGAACCAAGCUCUGGAAGACCAUUCACCGUCAACAACGAUGAUAUCAAGCUGGCAAUCGAGCAGGACUUCAGCCAAACAUGUCAGGACCUUGCCUUAAGAUUCAAUGUGAGUGAUGAAACUAUUCGUUCACAUUUGCUCCAACUUGGAAAACGUUGGAAGUUAAGCAAAUGGCUACCUUAUGAGUUGAGUGAAACAAACAAGCUACAGCGCUUAACCAUUUGUUUUUCAUUGCUUUGCCUCCACAAUUUAGGGCCAUUUUUUGACCGGAUGUUGACGUGCUACGAAAAAUGGAUUAUGUACUGCAACAUAAAACGAACAUAUCAUUGGUUAGCCAGUAGCGAUGCAAAUCCAUUAGCAGAGGAAAAUGUUAUAGAUUUCAAUGUGCAAAAAGAUGAAGAUGAUAAAGUUAUGACGGCAAUGGAGAACCUUAAUAGGUGUGGUAAUGGCAUUGCAGUUGAAAAUGCUAUUGUAAAAACUUUGAUCUUGGUUCCACCAAUAUUACAGGUUGAGGAAUCCCUGUUAUCUCUUGGUAGUCAUGGAAAUGUUGAUGGUAUUUUCCACUGCUUAUUAAUUAAAGUUGAUGUUUCCGGAAAAGAAACAUUUCUUGCUAGAUAUUUUGAGUUUGGCAGUUUCACGGCUUUCUUUGAAAAUGUUGCUCUUGGAAAACUGAAGUAA